AUGGGGUUCGAUUCCCCGAUACCCGCACCCGCGCGCCCCCUAUGGCAGCGUAGACGAGCACGUGUAAUUGCCCCCCAGUCGGUGGUGGUCCGCUGGGAGGCGCCCUCGGCGCGCACGCACCGCGGGCCCCUGACCGGGUACAAGGUGCGCUACCGGGGGGGCCCCGCCUCCGCCCGCCGCCGCGCCGGCAGCCUCACCACCCCCGCCGACGCCCGCCGCGCCGACCUGCGGGGCCUCGACCCGGCCACCGUCUACCAGGUGCGCGUGUGCGCUAUCAACGCUAACGGCUCGGGGCCGUUCAGCGAGUGGGUGACGGUCACCACUCAGGCUCGGGAGCACGGGGAGGCGCGGGUGCCAGCACCACCGCCCAAGCUCACCACGCGCGCGGGGCGCGACUGGAUCUCCGUGUGGUGGGGCGGCGAGGCGGAGGGCGGGGGGGGCGGCGCGGCGGAGGAGGGGGCGCUGGUGCGCGGCUACUGGCUGGGGUGGGGGCUCGGAGUGCCCGACGAGCGCUCGCAGGAGCUGCCCGCCCACCUGCGCUCCUACGUCAUCCGCAACCUGGAAUCGAACUCGGAGUACGUGAUAUCGCUGCGGGCGGGCAACGCGCUGGGGCUGGGGCCGGCGGUGUACGCGACGGUGCGCACGCGGCCGGCCCUGGCGGCCGACGACGAGCCCGACGCCGAGGAGCCCGACGAGCCCGACGCGGACGACGAGCUCGACGGCGACGACCAGCCGCCGCUCAUUCCGCCCGUCGGCCUCAAGGUAAUAAUGCUCAGCGGAACCACGGCUGUUGUAUACUGGACAGACCCCACGCUUCCUAAGGGACAGACCGCCACCGACGGCAGACGCUACGUGGUCCGCUGGUCGACGAGCGGCGGUCGGGCGCGGACUUACAACGCCAGCGACCUCAACUGCAUGCUGGACGACCUGAGACCGUAUACUACGUACGAAUUCGCCGUCAAACUAAUCAAGGGAGGCCGAGAGUCGGCGUGGUCGAUGCUGGUGAGCAACACGACCCUGGAAGCGGCGCCUGGCAGCGCGCCCAGGGAGCUGCGUGUCUCACCAGCUGCGCCCCCCGCACGCGCCGCAGACCUCAAUUGGGCGCCCCCCCUCAAGCCCAACGGCCCACUCACAGGCCUCCUCCUCUCGGGUGCUAAGACACCUGGCCUUGACGUAUGGAACUAUGCCGUGCGAGUUUUUAAUAUGGCGUCUAACACCGGAGUUGACGACGAUAUGAGUAGAGAGGUUCGCAGUGCGGUAGAGAGGCCUUUGCCCAGCAUGUCCAGUGUGGGCUAUUUCGCAGGCUACGUGAUCAUGUACGCCGUGCAGCGGCCCGGCGCGGCGGGCGCGUCCGGCGCGCCCGAGGAGUGGACGGCGGUGGCCGUGCUGGGGGACCGCACCAGGUCGCGCGUGGACCGGCUGAGGCCGCGCACCACCUACGUCUUCAAGCUGCAGGCCAGGAACAGCAAGGGGCUGGGCCCCUUCAGCGCGCCCGUGGUCUACACUACCGCCAUGGAGACGGGUGAGGGUGGCGGGCUGGCAAGCGCAACGUCGGCUUGGCUGUGGGCGAGCGCUGGCGGCGCCUGCGCCGUGCUGGCCCUGGCAGCCGCAUUGGCCCUCUCGCUCUGCUGCCGCCGCCACUCGCCGCCGCUGUCGCCCGACACCAGUACCUACCAAAAGGCCUCCGCUUCGGCGGCCAUCAAACCGCCGGACCUUUGGAUACACCACGACCAGAUGGAGCUGAAGCACAUGGACAAGAGCCUGCACAGCUCCGCCAUCUCGGCGGGCAGCGUGGACGGGCCCAACGCGCUGGUGUCGUCGACGCUGACGCUGGGCCGGGCGCCGGCGGCCGAGUACGAGCCGGCCCGGCACGCGCCGCCGCCAGCCUCGCUGGACCGCCGCCACUACGUGCCCACAUACGUCGAUUCGCGACGGUCGCCGUCGCGCGCCACCAGCGGCAGCGACGACACGGCCGUGAUGCGCGAAUCGCCCGCCCCCGCUCCCGCCUCCGCGUGUGCGUCCGCUUCCGCCUCCGCCUGUCGCCGAUGCGACCGCAGCGACUACUGGACCAUGACGGGUGUGGGAGUGGGCGUGGGCGUGGGCUGCGCUGCCACCUGCGAGCGGCGGCGGCACGGCCUUCCCGAUCAGAGCACCCCCCUGCUGGCGGGCGUGGCGCCGCUGGGCUCGCCGCAGUCGUCGCUGGCCUCGCUGGGCCCGCACCCGCACCACCCGCCGCCCGCGCCCUGCGGGUCGGGCGCGUGUCCGCUGGGCGCCGCGUGCUCAGCGCCGGGCGUGGGCGUGGGCGUGGGCUCGGGCUCGGACGUGUACGCGUGCGCGGCCCGCGAGAGGGGCCACUACGUCGCGUACGAGCCCCUCGGCCACUACACGCAUCGCGACUCGCUGAGCAGCGACGCGGGCGGUGGGGGUGGGGGUGGCGGCGGUGGCGGGGGCGGCGUGGGGCUGGGGGGCGGCGCGGGCUCGCUGCAGCGCCGCGCCCCCUGCGCGCCCCCCAUGCACAGCUUCACCCUCUCCGCCGACGGCUCCGACCACUCCACGCCCUCGCACUCCAAAGCGGGGAGUGUGAGAGAGACAUCGCCAUACAAGAAGAGCGCGAGUUCAUCUCCCGGCCACAUACCGAACAGAUUGCAACUUGGGGGCGGUGUCCCCCACUGCUCCGAGGAGUUGGAGCCCCUGACGCCGUCCAGGUCCACGGAGAGGCUCCACCGCGAGAUGCAGAACCUCGAGGGGCUCAUGAAGGAUCUAUCCGCCAUCACGCAGCAGCAGUUCCAUUGC